AUGGUGGAUAGUAGGUUGGAAGAUGUUUCCGAAGAUUUGUGUCGGGAGUUGGUGGAAAAGAGGAAAGAAGCGUCUAGUCGAAUAUGGAGGAAUUUGAGAAUUAAAGAGAACAUGCUAAUUCAAAAAUCAAGGGUGAGAUGGAUGAAAGAGGGAGAUGCUAAUAGUAGUUUUUUUCAUAAGGUGAUGAAAGAAAAAAGAAGGUUUAAUCAUUUAGGUCCUCUCCUCUCGGAGGGGGGUAUGGUGGAAUCGAUGGAGGAGAUUAGAGAGGAGGUUUUCAAUCAUUUUAGCAACAAAUUUGUCGAACCGGAGGAAGAAAGGCCUUUGUUGGAAGGGAUAGAUAUCAGAAGUAUUAGUGUUGAAGAAGGGUUGCUCCUUGAAAAACCCUUUCAAGAGAGUGAAAUCAAGGAGGCUAUUUGGGAUUGUGGGGGAGAUAAAAGUCCGGGUCCGGAUGGUUACACGUUUCUUUUUAUUAAGAAUUGUUGGGCGUUUAUCAAGGAGGAUUUUGUGAACUUCUUCAACCAUUUCUUUGAUGGAGGCGUUAUUUCAAAGGCGAAGGCGAUUGCCAAACUUCUGGCGGGAAGACUUAAAGGGGUGCUUGAUUCAAUCAUCUCUCCUUGCCAAAACGCUUUUGUUCCUGGUAGACAAUUGUUGGAUGGUGUGUUAGUGGCUAAUGAGGUGGUUGAUUAUGCUAGGAAGGAAGGUAGAUAG